AUGUCCCUCCCUUAUCUCUGUGCGCGAUGCGCGCGCCAGGGCUUUCGAUUGUCGAGAACUCUCCCCUGGGAGAGGCCGAAAGGCCUGAAGAGACACAACAGCACUGUCGUCCGGCAUGACCGUCCGUUCCGUGUUGCAGUCGUCGGUUCAGGACCGGCAGGCUUCUAUGCCGCGUCCCGGCUUCUCUCCAAGGUCGACGAUGCUGUCGUCGACAUGUACGAGCAGCUGCCGGUGCCAUUCGGCCUGGUGCGAUAUGGUGUCGCUCCCGACCACCCAGAGGUCAAGAACUGUGAGGAGAAAUUCACAGAGGUCGCUACGUCUCCCCGUUUCAAUUUCAUCGGCAAUGUCGCUGUCGGCGCCCAGCUCCCCUUUCAGGUGCUCAAGCCGCAUUACGACGCCAUUCUCUUCGCCUACGGGGCUUCCAAGGAUCGGGAGCUCGGGAUCCCGGGCGAGGAUGCCGCGAAGAACGUCCUGUCGGCCAGGGCGUUUGUCGGAUGGUAUAAUGGACUACCGGAGUACCGUGAUCUGGCUCCGGAUCUGACGGCGGGUGAGAACGCCGUCAUCGUGGGCCAGGGCAAUGUGGCUCUCGAUGUGGCUCGCAUUUUGCUAUCCGAUGUCGACGUCCUACGCAAGACAGAUAUUGCAGAGUAUGCUUUAGAAGAGCUGGCUAAGAGCAGGAUCAAGCGCGUUCGGGUUGUUGGCCGCCGCGGACCGAUGCAGGUAGAGAUAGAGCAAAGCAGAGCUGCCUUCACCAUUAAAGAGGUUCGGGAACUGCUUCAACUCCCGUCCGUUUCAUUCGACCCCAUUCCGCAGGACCUGCUACCCCCAGAGUCCAUCAUUGCUUCCCUUCCCCGGGCGCAGAAGCGUCUGACCCAGCUGCUUGCCAAAGGCUCUGACACCAGUCCUGAAGCGGCAACGAAGUCGUGGUCCCUGGAGUUUCUACUGUCUCCCCACUCGUUGCAUUGGUCGCCCAAGUUCCCCUUCCGACUGUCCCAUGUGAAAUUUACCCGCAACGACCUGGAUCCCUCUGAUCCCUUCUCCCCGAAUGCCACAGUCAAGCAGCGUUUGCUCUCCAGCGGGGAGCCCGCUGAGGUGACUAUCCCCUGCAACAUCUUCUUCCGCAGCAUCGGAUACAAGUCCCUACCUCUACCGGGAUUCGAGGACCUUGGCAUCCAGUUCGAUACGCGUCGCGGCAUCAUCCCUCAUGACGGAUUCGGGCGGGUGACCAGUUCUGCGGCCGCAGCCGAAGACAGCACCACCCCGUUGGAUCACGCUCACAUCUCUCACUUACCGGGUCUCUACUGCGCGGGCUGGGUCAAGCGCGGACCGACGGGAGUGAUCGCCUCGACCAUGAUGGACGCAUUUGCCACGGCAGACUCCAUCGCGGCCGACUGGGAGGCGCAGAAGAGCAGCGCCGGGAGUAGCAUCUCCUUCCUCAACUCCGCCUCAGGGGGCAGUACUGGUCUGGGGUGGGAGGGAGUGCGCCCAGAGGCGGAACGCAGAGGGCUCAUCCCAACGACCUGGCAGGACUGGGAGAAGAUCAACGCCGUCGAGCAGGAGAGAGGGAAGCAAAGGGGGAAGAUCCGGGAGAAAUUUGGGCGUGUCGAAGAGAUGCUAGCAGUUGUACGGUGA